AUGAACAGCAACACCAUAAGUACCAUUCUCCACAUUAAAGGAUCUCUGGAUAAUCCUGGUGCUAGUUUUGCUGCAUUGACUGCUGUCUUUCAUCCACCAAAUGCCAGUAAAGUUGAUAUCAGUCUCUAUCUAUCACCUUCUAUUGAGAGGAUAUUGGGUAGUGCUGCUAAUAUUAAGCUUCCUAGUUGGAACAGUGAGGACUCUUACCUCAUGGACUAUGUCCCUAAUGUACACAAAAUACUCCAAGAAAAGGUUGAAGGUAUAGUACAGAACUUUGUAAGGCGUAAGGAGUACAUAGCAGCACUGCUGGGUUUAAUGGGGCAGUCAGUACUGGAGUAUGAUACCGAGAGCUACAUGAAGAUUGCUUUUCUUUUUGAGUCAAAUCAAGGGUUUUGCUUCAUUGCACACUUAAAUUUGACCGAAGCUUUUCCCAGUGAAGUCCCCAUUCUCUCUCUCUACUCUAUCUAUCAUAAAUAUGAUGGACGACCAUUUCAAUACAUAUUGGAGGGUAUGCCUUAUAGUUCUCAUUGGGACGCUGAAGAGAAAGCAUGGAGAAUGAAGACCCACAUUGCUCAAGUUAUUCCAAAGUUUAUGGAGAUUUGUAGAACAUCAGGUGAACUUUUAUAGUAACACAUUUUUGUGCUAAUUAUCUUAUCACUUCCCACACUACUAAUUAUUCUUAAUUUCUCUAGUAAUUCAAAAAAUAAAAUUUUGUUCACAUCACAUGCACUAGUUUAUUCCUUUUUGCUGCAAUCUCUACUGCAGACUG